GUUUCAAAGUAAACCCUAACUUUUAAUUUCCCCUUUCUCACUCUUUCUCUCAAAAUAUUAUUUCCCCUUUCUCUAUCCAAUGUUGAAGUAGCUCGGUCGUCGUCCUCAGAUCCCUCAACUCCAUUGAAGCAACUCGGUUAUCACCUCAAGCUCCGUUUUUUCUCUCUCUAUUGAGAAUCGAGGAUGUCAGGCGUAUCGUUGCAGUGCGGAGAUUGUGGAGCUCUUCUGAAAUCCGUAGAAGAAGAUCAACAACAUGCGGAGCUCACUUCUCACUCCAAUUUCUCUAAGUCUACUAAGCUUGUUCUUAAUCUCGUCUGCUCUUCCUGCGGCAAACCCUGCCGCUCCAAAAUUGGUUUUCGAUUUUUGGAGCUCAGCUUUUCUUCAAGUUUUGCCGCCAUGGGAAGAAUCGAACAAGUUAUGGAUGCAAUGCAUGCGCCAAUCGUGUUCGACAAGUACGAGGUUCAUGGUGAUAUGAAGAAGAUUCCAGAAGGUGUUCUUGAAUCAAUUCGAGAGAAUAAGGUUUGUAUCAAAGGUGGGUUGAUGACACCUGUCGGUGGUGGGGUUAGUUCGUUGAAUGUUCAUCUGAGAAAGGAGCUUGAUCUUUACGCUUCAUUAGUUCAUUGUUUUAAUGUCAAAGGUAUUCAAACUAGACAUGAUAAUGUUGAUAUUGUUGUUAUUAGAGAGAAUUCUGGAGGAGAGUAUGCUGGUUUAGAGCAUGAGAUUGUUCAUGGUGUUGUUGAGAGUCUCAAGUUGCCUUUGACGGAUAAGCGGAAGACAUAUUAUGAAUAUUCUGGAUUGUGGCAUAUCUAUGGUAUCUUGGCAAUGAAUUGUUGGUUCUACGCUGCAGUUUUCCACAGUCGAUGUUUGAAAUAUCUGAAGUACAUUCGACACCGUUACGUGCCGGCGACCACCCAAAAUUGGGUCGGUGACUCAUAUUCAAGAUUAAUCACAUAGGACAAUAGGAGAAAGGAUAAAAAAGCUUCAUGGAAUCCAUAAAUGCAAUCUUUUAUUCUUCAGCUUUUUUGAACUAUAAUUGUACUUGAGUUUUCAUUUGUUUUAUCAUACGGAGAGUAUGAAUUGUUGUAUAAUACACCUUGUUUGUUUUUGUUAGUGAUUUUGAAUGAUCUGAUUUAAAAUAUCGUAAUUUCAUUUUAA